AGUCCAGUACGAGGCUGUGACGUCAAUGGUGGAAGUGAUCCGGCGCUGGAACAUUUUGUAGUCCUCGCCGUUCUACUGUGGAAGGUCGGCCUGGACCCGAGCGGGGAACCGGCGGCUCGUCAAUCCAUUUCCACGACUUUGGCUGAGUCUCCCCGAAGCCGCGACCUUGUUGUUCGGAGUGAUCGAUUACUUUCGUCUUCCGCAACCAAGCCGAAGGUUCAGGGGCCCCUCCCCCCCCACUUCCCUAUAGGAUCCCAGGAUAUCCGUGAGCUCAGGGGCCCUUCGAGCUGUGGCCCCCCUGUUUAUUCUAGAUUGGUCUGGUAGAGUCUGAGGACCCUGAGCGGAGCACAUAGUACGGAGUGAUCCCCCCCUCCACCACUUGUGGUCACCAUGAUGAACCCGGGGCUGCCUUUCCUGAACCCUCCGACACUAAGCCAGCCCCCCGGACAACAACAGCCCUCCCCACAGCAGGUCCAGUUCAAAUCUAUAGUGCCCGUCAAGAAGAACGCCAUCACCGAUGACUACAAAGUGACCAACCAGGUCCUGGGGCUGGGCAUCAAUGGCAAGGUGCUGGAAAUCUUCAGCAAGAAGACUGGGGACAAGUUUGCCUUGAAGAUGCUGCAGGACUGUGCAAAAGCGCGUAGAGAGGUCGAGUUGCAUUGGAGAGCAUCGCAGUGCUCACACAUUGUAAAGAUAAUUGAUGUCUAUGAAAAUCUUUACCAGUCUCGAAAGUGCCUUCUUAUUAUUAUGGAGUGUCUUGAUGGUGGAGAGCUUUUCAGUCGUAUUCAAGACAGAGGAGACCAGGCAUUUACAGAACGUGAGGCUUCCGACAUCAUGAAAAGCAUUGGAGAGGCCAUACAAUAUUUACAUGCAAUCAAUAUUGCCCACAGAGAUGUGAAGCCAGAAAAUCUUUUAUACACAUCCAAAAGGCCAAAUACUGUGUUAAAACUCACAGAUUUCGGCUUUGCUAAAGAAACAACAUCGCAUAACUCUUUGGCAACACCAUGUUACACACCGUAUUAUGUGGCACCUGAAGUUUUAGGUCCUGAAAAAUAUGACAAGUCAUGCGAUAUGUGGUCUCUUGGUGUCAUCAUGUAUAUUUUACUCUGUGGAUAUCCACCAUUUUAUUCCAACCAUGGACUAGCUAUAUCUCCAGGAAUGAAGAAGAGAAUCCGCAUGGGACAGUAUGAGUUUCCUAACCCAGAGUGGUCUGAAGUGUCUGAUGAAGUGAAACAGCUGAUUAGAAACCUUUUAAAGACUGAUCCAACGCAAAGAAUGACUAUCACAGAAUUCAUGAACCACCCAUGGAUAAUGCAGUCAAUGCAAGUGCCACCAACUCCACUACACACCAGCCGGGUUUUAAAAGAAGAGAAGGAUUUGUGGGAAGAUGUUAAGGAAGAAAUGACCAGUGCUCUGGCUACAAUGAGGGUUGACUAUGAACAAAUUAAAAUAAAGAAAAUAGAAGAUGCCUCCAAUCCUUUGCUCCAGAAGAGGCGGAAGAAGAUCACACCUCAUGUUGCCACCCACUGAGCUUAUGCCUGUUCUCACUUUGCCCUAGAACUGUUAAAAUCUCACCAGCCGCUGUUAGCUGUAACUGUGGUAUCUAAGUGCCACUGUAUUAUUUAGGGGGAAUGGCUGUGCAUCUUGGGACUCUCAUUAUGUACACCACAGUCUGGAAGUUUUUUUAAAUUUUUAGUUUUUGUUUUCUGUUUUUAGAGACUAUCCACGGUGUGUGUGUCUGUAUUUGUGUGUAAAUGAUUUACUUUUUUAGGCAAAAUGUUAAUCAUCAAUUCCACCCAAUACAGAUAUUUCAAUUGCAUGGUUGAUGGCUAACAGAAUUACACAGUGGCUGUCUGUUUCCCAAGGACUCCAGUACAAACCUGGCACCAGACAAUGACUAGAGGGACUGCUAAGAACUGUAACUUUAAUGGGUAGGCACCCUUACUGUGGAAGAAAUGGGAAAUACUAAAAGGAUAUGUGUGGGAGGGACAUUAUCGAUUUCUGGAAAGCGUUACCACCCCAUCGCUUUGGCUCUACACCAGUGGCUAAAUAUCUCCAUCAAAAUUCCCAGUUCCACAGCCAGCCUGUGAUUCAGUCCUUUGGUGCUAACCUCCUAAUGUUUGUCAAAAGUGUAUCGAAUGGCCGUUGUACUAUGAUUGUAGCUCUGCAGAGGAUUACACCCAGAUUUGUGUCCUGUUUCAAAAGUUUAGUACUCUUGCAAACCCCCUAUUGCGAGAUUGGUUUGAAUCGGGAUUCGGCAGUUGCUCUGUGGAUUCAUGUUUUGGUUGUGAACUCCUUUCACAAAUAGGCCUGCAGGAUGCAAUUUCUACUAAGGCUUGCUUAACGUGUUUGCCCAGGAUUAGAACCCCUGUACAAUUUUUACUGCUAUCAAGGUCUACAUUAGAGAAAUUUGCCCUUCCUGUUUUGCUGAUAUUUUACCAUACAGGAACGGAGAGGAACUCUCCAACAGCAACAAACACCGUAAUAAAUUAUUUACUUUAGUAAAGUAGGGAAGGCUAAGAACCGCUGCCCAUGUCCCUGUUGCAUACUUUCUUUCACUUCCUGUCUGGUAAAAUGUUUUUCAGCAGGACAGUCUAUACAGAACCAGAAAAAAACUGCGGGACAUACACUUUACCUGUUUAAAAUAGAAUUCCAGCCCAACUAGUGUUUUUAUUUUUUAAAUAUAAUUUUUUUUUUUUUAUUAUUGCUAUCUGACCCGUUUGGGGAGAUUCUUUCAUACUGUUCCAGCGACUACACAGGAAGUGAGAGCAGGAAAAACAUACCAGAAACCCAAUUGCUUUGUCAGUAUUCUGUUUGCUUCCUGUCCUAGUGACCCACCUUGAAGUCAGCCAAAGUUUUCCCAGCAGGGACACAGCAAUAAAACCCCAAAAAUGUUUUUGAAAUUCUUUUCUCACUUUCCUACUCGACUAUACGGUUUCUGGAAGUUCUCUUUUAAAAUGUAUUCGCUGCUACUGUUAAUAGUGAGCUAUGCUAUCUGCUGUGAAUGCACAUAAAGCAGGAAACCCCUGCCUUUUGCAUUGAUACCAGUUCUCACUUUUAACAUUUUGCAUGUGUUCGUUCAACUAUUUGUUACAUGACACAAAAAGUGCCAUUUGUGCCUUGCUCUCUUUCCUUCUUUUUGCAGGACUGUUCUUUUGCAUAUCAUAUGGGUUCAAAUAGCUGUCUUAUUUUUCAUUAUUAUAGCUUGUAUUAAUAUAUCUGACAGUUUGCUAUGUUUUGUUAAAAUGGCAUUAUAUUGUCUCUCUGUAGUCCCUUUUUUUUUUUUUUUUUUUUUUUAUGUUGUGUGUUUUUUUCCCAUUUUGUUUGUCAACUACAUUUAAAGUAUAAUUCAAGCUAAACUUUUAUUUUUUUUAAUUCAUUUUUGAUUAGGUUGGCGUGGUUUAGAACCUCUGUCAACUUUUUAUAGUACAAUCCCCAACCCACAUUUUAUUUAUUUUGGAUAUGAUGAGGAAGAUUAGAACUGUUGAGUUUUUGUUUUGUUUGCUGUCUUUGCCCAUAUUGGGGAGGAUUUCUCUCCAUUACCAUCUGUGAUGGUGGUCACCAAAACACAAAGUGAGGGGAAAAUGUAAAAACCUCUGUGAGGGUUAGACAGUAAUAAUGGAUCCAGACAAAAAAAAAAAUCCAGUUCUAAU